AUGACUCGUACAAAUAAUAGCAAUAUUGAACAUUCUCCAUCUCAUACAUCAUCAUCUUCAUCAUCAGCUGUAGCACAACCAUCAUCAACUGAACCAAAAGAUAUAAUAAAUCAAAAUGAAUUAACAAUACAAAAACUUUUACUUGAAUUACAAGAUGAUCUUAAACAAACUAAAGAAUGUUAUAAUUCAAGUCGUGAUGCUUGGCUUUCCAUUCAGCAACAGCAGAAAUCCUCAACAUCGCCAAAUGAAAAUAUUAAUUCUCAAUCAUCUAAAACUAAUCUUACACAAGCACUUACAAACGUUCAAAACGAAAUAAAUAUGUAUAAAACAGCUCUAGCUAAAAUUUCUCAAGUUCGUCAAUUACAAAUUGAAAUUGCUAAUGUUACGAAAAAUCAUAUUGAUGUUAGCCGUAGUCAUACAACACGAAGAGGUCUAGCUGAUCUUCUGUCUCACAUGGCUUAUGUUUUGAAAAUUUGGUAUGGAAGUGAACAUUCAGGAAAUUGUUCAAAUAAAGGUGAUGUACCGCCACCACUUUGUGGUGCUAUACCAGCUGCUUCAAACCAUGUAUGUCAUGUUGGUGAUCUUAUAGCUGGUUUUGUUGAAAGUGAUGAUGGUGAUGAAAAUUGGAUUUUAGCUGAAGUUGCUAAUGUACAUCCAAAUAAAACUAAAUAUGAUAUUGUUGAUAUUGAUGCUGAACCUGAUAAAGGUCGUUAUUAUAAUAUUAAUAAACGACAUGUUAUACCAUUACCACAAUGGCGUGCUUGUCCAUUAACAUGUCCUCAAGCAUUAUUUGUACGACGUACUAUUGUACUUGCACUUUAUCCUCAAACAUCUUGUUUUUAUAAAGGUAUUGUUGAAAGUAUACCGCGAAUUGGAAAAGAUUCUUAUAGUAUAAUCUUUGAAGAUUCAUCUUAUAAUAGUGGUUAUUCACCGGAAUUUGAUGUACCACAAAUGUUUGUUGUUGCUUAUAAAGAUGUAAAAAAAUAA